AGGAGGAGGAGGGGCAGGAGGGUUUGGUUGAGCUGCAGCUGUUUGUCUGUUCGACACAGGCUUGGGCCCGACGGGGGAGACGGAGCCCCAGGAGCCCGGGUCUCUGAGCUAUUAGAAAGUUGGGUCAGAUGGAGAGGCACUUGGGGAAGGAGGACUGUUGAAGCCUGGAAGUCCCCUCCCUCCCCCCUCCCCCCUUUGCCGCUUUGUGGCAUCCCCCUCCCUCUACCCUUUCCCACUCUGAUAAUCUCGCCAUGACUAGCAGAAGCACAGCCAGGCCCAAUGGGCAGCCCCAGGCCAGCAAAAUAUGCCAGUUCAAGUUGGUCCUACUGGGUGAAUCUGCAGUAGGGAAGUCUAGCCUGGUAUUACGUUUUGUCAAAGGACAGUUCCACGAGUACCAGGAGAGCACCAUUGGAGCGGCCUUCCUCACCCAGUCUGUUUGUCUAGAUGACACAACAGUCAAGUUUGAGAUCUGGGACACAGCUGGGCAAGAGCGAUACCAUAGCUUGGCCCCCAUGUACUACAGAGGUGCCCAGGCUGCAAUUGUGGUUUAUGACAUUACUAAUCAGGAAACCUUUGCCCGAGCGAAGACAUGGGUAAAGGAACUACAGCGACAGGCCAGUCCUAGCAUUGUUAUUGCCCUGGCAGGGAACAAAGCGGACCUGGCCAACAAGCGCAUGGUGGAGUAUGAAGAGGCCCAGGCGUAUGCAGAUGACAACACCUUAUUGUUUAUGGAGACUUCAGCCAAGACAGCUAUGAACGUGAACGAUCUCUUCCUGGCAAUAGCUAAGAAGUUGCCAAAGAGUGAACCCCAGAAUCUGGGGGGUGCAGCAGGCCGAAGCCGGGGUGUGGAUCUCCAUGAGCAGUCCCAGCAGAACAAGAGCCAGUGUUGUAGCAACUGAGGGGUGGCUAGCAGCAAACAAGUAUGAAGCUAGCACGAGAGCUAAGAAAUAACCUCCAUCCCCACCCCUCAGCACACAGCCCCUACGGUAACAGCACACUGAGCCCUGGCUCCCAAGGGCUGCCUCCUGACAGCUCCGUCAUGGCACUUUUUAACGCUUCAGCAACAACACCAGGCAGCUGUUGCCACUGGCCUCCUACCCCUACUCUGGGGCCUGGAGGUCAGAUCCCCCAGGACUUACCUUCCAAAACAAACUUUCUCCACUUUGUAUUAUAGGUGCAAGACAGUGACCUACUUACCUUUCCUCCUUUUCUUCCCCAUUUUUUCAAAAAACGUUGUCUCCUGCCCCUUUCCCUUCAGCUUUUGGUCAGUCUCUGUUCUUGAUCCCCUUUUCCUCCUCUCCCCAGGGUGGAGAAGGUGGUGAACCCAGGAACUAAGAAGGAAGGAGGUUUUCAGUUCAGUCACAUUAAAGGCCCUGGGGGAAAGUAAGGCUCAGAGCAGGAGGGAGUAAAGAAACAUUGUCUUUUUGUUUUAUUUGGUUGGAGUUUCUCAUGUUUGAAAACACUGCAGUAUCCAUAAGUUGGCCUUGUGGAGGGUGUUUCUAGGUAGAGGUGAGAAUGGAAGGCAAGCUCUUGGGCACCAUGUGGGAGUCUUGUUAGCUAACUGGGCAGAGGUGGAAGAGGUGGAGAUGCAGUGUCGUCUGUGGCUCUGGAACUCUUCCCAGGCCUACUUUCCCCUCACCCAGCCACUUAGGUAGCUUCUCUCCCAUAGUGGGAGAGGUUCUGGACUCCAGAGUCCUCCAAAGAAUCUUCACUGGUUGCCUGCAUCUUUGGCUCUGCUGUGAUCUAAAUGGAGGAGGGACCAGUUUCUGACACCCAUCCUCUGACUUAUACAUAUGCAUUUUUUUUUUUUCCUCUCUGGUCUUCAGAUGGCCUCAGCCCCAGCCACUAUAUCCCCUGCAGUUUGCACUUUAAUUGAUGGUAGUUCAGUUGUGAUACUUGUUUUAUGGGGGUUUUGAUUGAUUUACCUGCCCUCUUUUUAAUUAAAUGGAAUCCGAGGUGUGUAUGAGGUUUGGGAAGGGGCUGUAGAGAACAGUACUGGUGGCAGCUACUCAAGCCCGGUCUCCACUGCUAGCUUCCUCCAACUCUGAUUGUUACUUCACCUGUAUUCUUGCCAUCCUAACUCUUGGGUAGAGGUUUACCUUUCCUGGAGAAUUAACUGAGUAACUGUAGAGCAGCUUCUCAGGAUAGCAUAGGUCAUUGUAGGGGAGUGAAGAGGAAUCCAGCAAGAGGGAGGAGUUUUCUGUCCUUUCCCAGGGUUCCCAUUCAAUUUGAUCCACUCAUUACCAGUCUUUUGUACUUCCCUGUAAAUAGGUAUGAUCUUUAUUCCUACUGUACAGUCUGUUCUGUCUCCCCCACCUCCCAUCAGGCCCUAUUUUGUCCUUUAUUAGUAUCUUUAGUUUGGUCCCUUCAUGCUUAUCCCCAAACCCACCCCAUGCAACCAGUGGUUUAAUCCACAUACCACUAGCAUGUAGUUCUACAGAAGCCUACUUGUGGCCCCCUCAUAUCAUAACACCUGUUCCUGUGGACAGGGAAUGACUGGCACUGAAGGUCCCUCACAGUUGUCCGGUAUCACCAGAGGACAUUGGUCCUUUCUUAAUCUCUAGCCUCUCUUCAUAUCCCUCAUCAGGUAUUUUAUGAUGUCUUUGGGAAGCCAUCAAGGCAA